UGUCUUUUAAUGGGUUCUCACUGUUUUCCUCUCUCUUUUCUUUCUCUUUCUCUUCUCUGCACUUCUUUAUAAAUAAGAAACCUUUCAUAGCUCUGCUUCUGCACUAAUCAACAUCUUAUAUUUCAGGCAUCCUGUAGAGAGAGAGAGAGAGAGAGAGAGAAGAGAAUUAAAGUUUUAGCUUUUAGGUUUUACAGAUCAAUGAAUGGUGUUUUACGUGGAGUUGAAAGCGCUUGUCGGAGACGGUUCCAUCAUAGCAGCGGAGAUUCACCUGACGGCGCCGCUGCCUCUGCCUCUGGUUCAACAAGGUCUUCUUUUUGCUUGUACACAAGCAACCAUGAAAUUUCUCAUCUUUCAAUAUCUUCUCUGCAAAGAAGCAUAGGAAACCAGGCAUACGAAGAUGAUGAGAUGGGAGGAUUGACAAGAGCAGCAAGACAAGCCAAGGAGAGAUUAGAUGAGAGGCUAAGAACACAGAGGAAUUCUGCAUCCAAAAGGCAUGAUACCAGAAGAAGCGUGAGGGUUGCAGAAGGCAGCUCAACGAGAGUAGGAGAAUUGCAGGCAAAGAUGUUGAGUUCAAAGAAAAAUAAUGGGUCUAAUAAGAAGUUCAGUUGGGCCAAAUUGAGCUGCAAAGCUGCUGAAUAAGAUGAUUACACCAUUUGCUUUGAAAAGUUCAAAGUCUGAUGAGACCAUGAUGCACCUUCGUGAGGACGAAGAAUAAAUUGAAACGUUAAUAUUUCUGAGCUAUGUGUGCUUUUAGUUAGUAAGUUAAGUGAAUCUAACCAAGUAUGAUACAUGUCAGAGUGUAUCAUUAUUUUAAUUA